AUGAAUGGUGUGGGCGAUCUGGUCAGAAAACAUUACCAAAAAUACACUGAAGCACUCUUUGACCUUGAUUCCCGUCAGAUGCUAUGUGUUAUAGCUCCUGAACUCCUGGGUAGCGAGUUCAAAGAUACUCCUAAGACUUUAGUGCUCAGCUCAACAUACACUUGGGAGAUGCUUGAAAAAUAUGGGGCAAUCAGCUUAUAUGGCCCACAUCGAUCCUGUGUUGAGAUGCCAUACAUGCUGCUACAGGUCUACCUUCAUGAGUUUGUCCAAACCAACAAUUCGAUUAUAAAGUUCAUCCACUCUCUGAAUGAGCUCACUGGUGAGUCACACUUCCGCCAAAAUGAAAAAUGCGACAUUGCAGUCAUUGUACUUCAGCUCUUUCAGUGGCAUUUCAAUAACCCAAACUAUACCUGCCUUCGUCUUAAAGACUUAUUUCUGACACUUGAAGGCAUAGCAGCUCACACCUAUGUGAAUUUACCUGAUGCAAUACAAAAUGUUGGUCACCUUGAUCAUUGGCCAAAGAUAUUGGCCCGCCAUUUUGAUCCACAGAAAGAUCUUGAGGAAGGUGCAUACAUAGGUGCAGGCAAUGAUGAAUUUGCUGAUUCGUGGGUUGUGUUCAGACGUGAGGACAAGAAGGGAGUCAUUGUUCUUGCCAUUGAGAGUAAACACCAUGCGACUACAGAGAGGCUUACUGCUGAAUACUUUAAUGUGCAUAAGAAAAAG